GAGAACAGCAGUUCACCUGGGACAGUUUCAGCAGAGCAUCGAGAGGAGAAACAUCUCAUUCACUGAGGGGGAAAAUGAAACGUAGACAAACUGCUGGAGGAAAAUAAUUCAUCUGACAGCAAAGAUGCAGUGGAGUCUGAUUCUGCUCUUCCUGAUGGCUCAGUGUUGCUUCAUUGACUGUCAGCUCUAUGAGUUUCACUACAUUAAAGAGAAUAAAACCUGGACUGAAGCUCAGCAGUACUGCAGAGAGAAACACACUGACCUGGUCACAGUGACUAACAUGAAGAACAUGAAGAGACUCAUCAACAUCUCAGAUGGAGAUAAAAAGGAAGCUUGGAUUGGUCUGUAUGAUCAAACAAAUGGUACCAGAACAUGGUACUGGUCUCUUACUGGACUGGAGUUCAAUGAAAGUGAGACAAACUGGGACAAUGGAGAACCGACUGAUAGAGAAAACCAAGGAUCUGAGAACUGUGGAGCUGUAUAUCAAAAUCUUAAAUGGCGCGAUCAGGGUUGCAAGUGGUCUGAAUAUUUCCUCUGCUAUGAUGAAACUAAUAAAACCCAUAAAUAUCACCUGAUUAGAGAGUUGAAGUCCUGGCUGGAAGCUCAAAGUUACUGCAGAGAGAAACACACAGACCUGAUCAGUGGAAUGAAGCAACUACAGGAUGAAGAAGUGAAGAAAUUGAUUAACUCUUCAGAUAAUAAAGCAUACUUUGGUCUGUUCAGAGACACCUGGAGGUGGUCAGAUGGAAACAGCUCCUCCUUCAGACACUGGAAUCUACAGUUUUACAAUCAGAUAAUCAAUAGUGGUCAAUGCGCCUUGACUGUGUUUGAUGAUGGAGGCAGAUGGAAGAAUGAGAACUGUGAUGAGAAAAAACCCUUCAUCUGUUAUUCAGAUGUGAUCCUGAUAAAAAAAAAUAAAACCUGGGAGGACGCCUUGACCUACUGCAGAAAUCACCACCAUGACCUGGUCACCAUCACCAACAUGGAUGAUCAGAUAUGGAUCCAGGAGAAAGUCAAGAAUGCAUCGACUCCUUUUGUCUGGAUGGGUCUAUAUUACGCCCCGACUCUGGAUUUCUGGUUCUGGGUCAGUGACGAGGUGGUCAGCUUUGAGAACUGGGCUUCAGAUGGACAGAUGGACGACUGUGACAUGUCUGGUGCCAUGAAGACGGGAGGGAAACAUCAGUGGAGGAAGAAAAAUGACCUUGAGGAAUUUAAUUUCAUUUGUUCUAAAAAGUAAAAUCCUCUCUGUUUCUACUUUUUUCACUUUUAGGUUUGUGGAUCUUAUUAAAUGUUUUACUGUAAGUUUAUUUUCCUCCUGGGAGACAAUAACAUAUUUUCUUUCAUUGGCUCUCAGGUUUUUCCAUAAAUCUUGAUAUUGUUUCAGUAACAUGCAUGUGUCACAUUUAUCACUUAUUCUGCAGAUGAGAUUGUUUGUUCUGUGGAUUGACUGAACUGAAACCAGCUUCACUGUGUUCAAUGUCAAUAAUGCCUGAUUCUGAUUCCUGUCAUUCAUAUGUUUAGUUUUUAAUGUUUAGCUGCUUUAAUAUUAUCUAAUUAUAUGUUUACAUGGCACUGCUCUUUAAGUUAUUAAUAAUUUUGUCAAGUACUUUCAGAAUAUCACCAUUAGUUUUUCAUCAGGAGUCAUCUUACAAUCAGAAGUUGUGGGUUCGACUCCAGCUUCAUCUUUCCCCAUGUCAAGUUCCUUACCCUGAGCAAGGCACCUCACCCCAAGUUACACUCAUGUGUGUGUCAGUGUGUGAACGUCUCUCCAGUUAUAUAAAUAUCUUAACUUCCCAUAAAUCUCCUAUGUUUACUCACAUAUUGACAUUAAUGUCUUUCCAAUAUUCCUUUUCUUUUGUAAUUGAUUGAUUUCUGUCACCAUU